AUGACAUCGAAUGUUCUAACACUGAUGAAUACGGUACAUUUUAUAGAUUACUGUACAUAUAAUCCAAAUUAAUAGAAAUGUUUUUAGAUAAAUUGGAAGCCUCUUAUGAUGCAAUCCUUCAGUCUUUGGCCAAUGUUAAUCGCUUUUCUUGGAAUUCCAUUUUUAGUCCAAUGUGGAAGUAAAAAGAAAAAUGUAUGUUUUCAGAUUUUUGGGGGAAGAAUUGGGGUUUCGGAAACCCAGCUGAAAAAUAUUACCGUAUUUUUGGAGCUCUAAAACUUAGCUCACAUCCAGCUCUAAAACUUAGCUCAGAUCCAAUAUUUUCAGUCAGAAAUGAAAUCGACUUCGGAAUCGAAACCAAAACCGGUUGCAGCUGCACCUCCUCCAGCUGAAGAAAAGAAGACAGCAUCGAAAAAAGAGGAUGAAUCGGUAAUUUUAUCGAAAUUCAAAAACGAAUUACUAUUUUCUUACUUUUUCAGAAGAAACCUGAAGAGAAGAAAACUUCAUCGAAAAAAGAAGAAGUGAAAAAAGAGGAAGCACCGAAAAAAGAGGAAAAGAAAGAGGAGAAGAAAGAAGAUCCGAAAGGAAAAGAUGAUUUCAAAAAACCGACAGAUGAAGCAGCGGUGGCUGGUAAAAAAGAUCCAAAUUAUCAAACACUUGCUGGUUUGGAUAAUGAUGGAGUAUUUGGAGCGGAUAAGAAUCCGAAGAAGAAAUUCAAGGCGCCUGAAAAAGUGGAAAAAGCUGACGCGAAAGAUCCGCAAUAUGAGACUUUGGUUGGAUUGGGAGAGGAAGUUUUCAAAGAGGAUGGAGGAGAGAAAAAAGAUGGAGAAAAGAAAGAAGGAGAAAAGAAAGAAGAAAUGAAAAAGAAGGAAUUCAAACCACCAGAGAAAGUUACAAAAGCAGAUGCAAAAGAUCCACAAUAUGAAACAUUGAAUGAAGUGGAUAAAGGAAUAUUUAAUAAUGAUGGAGAGAAGAGCAAAGGGGAUAAGAAAGAUGAAAAAGAGGAGAAGAAGGAUAAAAAAUAG